AUCUGGACCCAGCCAUCGGGUCCAUGCUUCCCUCAGACGUGUCCGACGACGACGUCGAGACCCUGCGUAGCAUCGUCGGCGACGAUCUCCCAGAGUCGACGCUGCGCGCGCUGCUCCUGCGGUCCGGCGGAGACGUCACCGCCGCCGCAAACUCGUUUUUCGACGGCGGCGUUGCCACUCUCUCCGCAAUGGAGGAGGGUGGCGGCGCGUCGCCUGCUCAGCCGGGGGCGUGCUCGGUGGGAGACGACGUGCUGAGCACGCUCUUCAAGACGCUGGAAGACCAGGGCAAGAAGCUGGCCGAGCGCGAUCAGCAGCUCGACAUGGCCACGCGCGUGUGCGAGGAGCUCGUCAAGCGGCUGCGUGAGACGGAGCGCACGCUCGCCUCGGCCGACGCCGAGCGCGCCGAGCGCAAGGAGCAGCGGAGCGAGGUGGAGGUGCAGACCGAGGGGUCGAUGGUGGGCGACGCGGACCCGGCGGGCGGGAGCGGCCUCUUCGCCCGCUACCCCCUCCUCCGCCUCGCCUCGCACCUCUUUUCGCCGCUGCAGAUGCUGCUCUGGCUCGGGGGGCUCGUGGGCGGCGUCGUCGUGGCCUCCUCGGCCUCCGCCUUGGCUCCGCCGCUGCAGCGCUCUGCCGAGGCUGCGGCCGAGGGCCAGUGGCGGCUCAAGCAGUCGCGCAUGUACCUCGAGUUCGAGGAGCGCAAGCGGCGGCUGCAGGAGCAGCAGAUGGGGCAGCGCAAGAAGCUCCGCGAGUCGUGCGACGCGGCGCUGCGGCCGCUCUACGCCGAGGGCGCCGCCGUCUGCUCCGAGCUCGAGCGGCUCCUCAUCGUAGUGCGCGACGCCGCCGUCGCCGCGGUGCUCUACCAAGAGGACGGGCGCGUCCGCCCGUCGCCCUUUGUCGAGCACCGGCUGCCCGCCGCCGGGAGCUUCGUCACGCUGCCCGACGGCGCGCUGGGCCGGCUCGGCCAGCUGCCGCGCGGGCUGGUGGUUGCGCGCGAGCCGCGCGAUUUGCCCGAGCACCCGCCGCAGUGGGCUCCGGCGCCCGGGCUGCGCCCCAAGGGCAAGCACCCCGCCGAGCUGCCCGGGCUGGUUGACGUGAGCAUCGUGCAGCGCGGCGGCGCGGUGGUGUGGCCGCACCACGAGUGCUCUGUCCCCGUGUGCGCCAUCACCGCCGCCGACUCGGCGCGGCUGCGCCAGUGGCACGCGCAGUGGGACGCGCACCUGCGCGCCCGCUCCGCCGAGGCGGAGGGCCUCGCUGAGGCGCAGCGCGAGCUGCUCGAGCUGCAGGCGGAGGGGCUGUCCGAGGAGCGGCUCGCCAGCCUCCAGCGAGGCAUCCAGCGCUACGCCGCCCUCGCCCGCUUCGGCUGA